UAAGUUGUGAGUUUGCGAGUGAGUCAGUGAGUGUUUGUGGUGUAUUGCUGUCGUCCUUCGGGCAUAUUAGUUAACGAGAAUAAGAGGGAAAACCAUCAAAACCAGAAAAAUGAUUAUUAGUUAAGUGCAGUGCCUUCCCUGAAAGUGAUCGCCGCGUUAAACGACAUUGUUACUGUCCGCAUCACCAUGCGUCUGCCUCUGGCCCCCUCCUUAACUGUCAGCGCUGGUGUUAUCUUCGUUGUUCUGCAAUCUGCACAGGGUUCCAGCAUCGCCAAUGUGACGUACUGCAACUGUCGGGGGUACCGGUGUGGCACGCCCAACCCCCACGGGCGAGUGGUAGGCGGCAGGGUGACCAUGAAGGGCCGCUACCCCUGGCUGGCGUCCCUCUACUACCGAGGGAAAAUCUACUGUGGUGCCUCCCUCGUCAACGACAGGUUCCUCGUAUCAGCCGCCCACUGCGUCAAAGACGUCAACAAAGACAAGGUAGAAGUCUUCUUGGGGAGUUACAACAGGAGCGACAACGCGGAGAUUUCCAGGCGCGUUCACAAGGUGAAAGAAUGGUGGACGCCCGACGACUAUUACCCCAAAGGUCGCGUCAAUGACAUCGGUGUCAUAGAGUUGAACGAACCUGCGAGGAUUAACAGAUACGUCAGGCCCGUCUGUCUGCCUUCCGAAGAUCGCUCGUAUGAAGGCGAAUUCGGCACCGUUCUUGGCUGGGGUCGCCAGUCCGAGGGCGGCGAGCACAGUGACGUGGUGCGCAAGAUCAAGGUCCCAAUACUGAGCAAUGAGGAGUGCAGGAACACGAAGCACAUACCCGGCGACAUCGCGGAUACGAUGAUGUGCGCCGGAUACGAUGCGGGGAAGAUUGACUCGUGCGGGGGCGACAGCGGUGGUCCUCUCUUGCAUGAGAGAUCUGGGGGCAGCCAAAUUGAUAUUGUUGGAGUCGUGUCCUGGGGAGAAGGCUGCGCCCGCGCGGGCUACCCUGGAGUGUACACCCGAAUCCAGAGCUUCCGGAAUUUCAUAGACUCCAGGAUAUCAUCCGGAUGCUUUUGCCCUCCUUAGGAACCGGGCCCAACCCUGCCUCAGAAACCUCAAGUACCGCAAUAAUUCUAAGAAUAAAAAUAAGGAAAUAAAUAAAUAAAUUAAUUGAUUAAAUACGGGCCACAUCUCAGGCAGGACUGAGAAUUACGAUGAAAAGGUUACGUGCUUUAGAUACAAUGUUGGGGGUCUUUUAGCCUCGGAGAUAAAACUUAUGGCAGAAUUGAAAACAACGACCAAUAUUCCACGGGGUAUAGAAUAUUUAAAUUUUGACGUUGUGUCAUGGAUUAUUACUAUUAUCAUUAUUAUUAUUUUAUUGAAAAUAAUAACUAUUUCAGCAGCGUUUGUAUUUUGUAUAGAAGUUUCUCUAUUCUUCUUAUUCUUCUUGCUCAGGGGCGUCUGCUCCUCUUCUCUCUCUCUCUCUCUCUCUCUCUCGUUCUCUCUCUCUCUCUCUCUCUCUCUCCUUGAGCAAGAGGAAUCCAGAACGAGUCAUUUAGUAUCUUUUGCCAAGAUCCAAUUUCUACUGUGUGUUUUUUUUUGUAUAAUUCAAUUUGACAGAUACCCCGUUUUUUAUAUGAAUACCCCAUUUGGCGUUUUAAUACCCAACUUGCGUACAGAAGAAGUCAGCAAUAAGAUGAAUAGAGUAAUAUCUAUAAAUAAAACCGCGGCUAAAAUAGCCAUUACUUUCAAUAAAACCUGUAUUAAAAAGCAAAUAUAAAUUAAAAAAUUAUUAAGUACAUAAAAAUGUAUCAAAAUAGAUUCUUGCUUUCUCAGAAUAAUUCCCACCAUCACAAACAUCUACAGCGGAAUCUGAAAUGAUGUUCAAUGUUCGUAAUUACUCGAAUUUCAGAUAUUCAAAUUCGCAUAUAGUAUCAUUUACAUGAUAUGCAUGUAGAACCAUGAGCCUUAUCAAAUUAUAUAUUUUCUUCAACUUGUUUGGCCAAAACUUGUGAUGUAUGCGUGAUUGUAUUAUCUUAUUAAGUAGUACUUAUAGAUAAGUGACGAGGAGCUUGUGCACAAAAACCGAUUUUGUAAAUUACAUUGUUACGUUACCAUUUUGUUAAUUUAUUGAAAUAUACACUGUACAAAACAGCAAAGCGUCCUGUUAUUUAAACUUCGUCCAUAAUUAUUAUAACUAUCUUAUUUU